AUGAAUAUCCGCCAGAACCUCUUUGGCCAGGGGCCUAAAGCAGGCAGGGAAGCUUCGGGUUACGGAAGGCCACCAGCUCCUCCACCACGAGACGACACACCGAUGAUGGGUGGCUACGAUGAUGGCAGAGGGGGAUAUGCCGACCCCAGAGGCAGCUAUGGAGCGCCUAUGCCACCACCAAGACAAGCCAUGCCAUCCAGACCAGCGGUUGGAAGACAGGGGCCGACUUCUCCUGCUCGAAGAGUACAGCUGAGAAUCGCCAAGGUAGAAGACAAGACACUGGCGAAUCAGUACAUAUUUGGCAACCUAUGCGCCGUAUCACCUCAAGACUUCCCUCCUUCACGAGACGGCUCCGAUAUCUAUAUUCUUCUCAACGGCCGGAACGUCGUCACAGCUCGGCCUACAAACUCAUUCCCACCAGGAUGCAUAAGUUUGUCCGACCCCCAGCGAACAUGGUGCGACGUUGGAAUGAUGGACCCUAUCAUCGCCGAGUCCUAUGAUCCGUUUGUUCAAGGUCCAAAUGUCUACCUAGGAGCUCUGGAUGUUGACAUAGGAUUUGCAUCUGUCAAGAAAGUCACAGACGCACCCUAUGACCAGGACGUCUUGGCCGAUGUCUUCGUCAAGCAAUUCGAGAACCAACUCUUUGCUCCCGGACAGAAGCUCAUCAUGGACUACAAGAACAUUCCAUUGAUUUUCACUGUCAAGACUGUCCAGUUGGUCGACCUCAGCAUGGAGAAAAGCUCAGGAAAUGCUCCCACAGUUUCGACACCAACUGCAAGGGGUAUCUUGACCAGGCAUACGCCAAUCACGUUCUAUAAGGAUGCCAAGUCACCGAUCAAGCUCAAGGGAUCCUCAAAGCGGCCGGCCGCCAACUCAAUCAUCGCUCCGGAUUUUAAAUUUGAGAAUAUGGGCAUUGGUGGAUUGGAUACAGAGUUCGGUGCUAUUUUCCGGAGAGCCUUUGCUUCUCGUAUCUUCCCACCAGGGUUGAUUGAAAAGUUGGGCAUUCAGCACGUGAAGGGUAUCCUUCUCUACGGUCCUCCAGGUACCGGAAAGACACUCAUUGCCCGCCAAAUCGGAAAGAUGUUGAAUUCGCGAGAGCCCAAAGUAAUCAAUGGUCCCGAAGUACUGAACAAGUAUGUCGGUCAGUCAGAAGAAAACAUUCGAAAGCUCUUUGCGGAUGCCGAGAAAGAGUAUAAGGAGAAGGGAGAAGAGAGCGGUCUUCACAUCAUCAUCUUCGACGAGCUAGAUGCUGUCUGUAAGCAAAGAGGAAGUGGAGCUGGUGGUGGAACCGGAGUGGGAGACAGUGUUGUCAACCAGCUGUUGUCCAAGCUGGAUGGAGUUGACCAACUCAACAAUAUCCUACUCAUUGGAAUGACCAACCGUAUGGAUAUGAUCGAUGAUGCACUGCUACGUCCUGGACGUCUUGAGGUGCACAUGGAGAUUUCCCUGCCAGACGAGCAUGGAAGAGCUCAAAUUCUGAAGAUCCACACCGCGAAGAUGCGAGAUAACAAUGUCAUGGAAUCAGAUGUCAACGUACAGGAGCUGGCCCAUUUGACGAAGAACUUCUCGGGAGCAGAGAUUGCAGGUCUAGUCAAGUCUGCAUCCUCGUUCGCUUUCAACCGUCACGUGAAGGUUGGUACCGUAGCAGGUAUCAGCGACGACAUUGAGAACAUGAAGGUCAAUCGUGACGACUUCUUGAAAGCUUUGGAAGAAGUCAAGCCUGCUUUUGGAUUCUCAGAAGAGGAGCUCGAGACUGCCAUGAGUGCUGGAAUUUUGCACUUCAGCCCCUAUAUCGAGAACAUCCUGAAGGAUGGCCGCCUCUUCGUCGAUUUUGUCCGGACGUCCGAGACCAAUUCUUUACUUUCUGUUCUUCUACAUGGGCCUCCAGGCUCAGGGAAGACAGCUCUCGCUGCCAAAAUCUCGAAGGAUUCUGGCUUCCCAUUUAUAAAGCUCGUCUCGGCUGAGAACAUGGUCGGAUUCAGCGAAAUGGCAAAGAUUCAAUACCUCAACAAGGUCUUCACAGAUGCCUACAAGUCGCCUCAGAAUAUUGUUGUUGUGGACAAUAUCGAGCGUAUCAUCGAAUGGGUGCCUAUUGGGCCACGCUUCUCAAAUCCUGUUCUACAGGCGCUUAUGGUACUUCUAACUAAACAGCCACCUACUCCACGCCGACUUCUUAUAAUCGGCACCACGUCACAGCGUUCAGUGCUGCGACAACUGGAUCUUUCUCAGAUCUUCAACCGUGAGAUCGCAGUACCAAACAUCAACACCCAUGGGGAGUUGGCAUCGGUGCUACGAGAAGUCCAAGUCUUCGACAACGAAUCAGAUUUAGCAGAGUCACUUAAUGAGCUUCGAGAGAUGACUGGUACUGAUCAGGUUGGCGUCGGCAUCAAGAAAGUACUGCUUGCCGUGGGAGAAGCAAAGCAGGAAGAAGGCAACGUGGUGGGGAGGUUUGCUGAGGUUAUCGCGCAACAAAUGCAGGCGAGUAGAGACUAG